AUGAGUUACAAAAGCCUUGGGCACCUCCGAAGGGCCAGCGGCGAAGACACCAACUCCACGGAGAUUCCGCUCGUAACAGAGAGUGAGAAUCGGAGCCAGACUUCCGCGAAGGAAGCUGCCAAGAGACGCUAUGAGGACUGGUGGUUCUGGGAGAUCUCGAGCGCCGUUGUCAGCAUUGCCUCCGUGAUGGCCAUCAUUAUUCUCGGAGUUAGCAUUGAUCAGACGGCGUUGUCUGACUGGACUUUCAUCUUGGGGCCUGUAACUGCGCCUCGUGCCGAUAUUCAGGGCGCAUUCUUAAGCGGGAUAUUCAAUGGCGGCUCCCACUUCGAUUUUGUCUGCCAGUCCGGAAACUGCACUUGGGACGACUUUUACUCUAUGGGCACCGACGGCGACGUACAACCUCUCUCCAUUGACCCCAUCCCAUUCCGAACACCGCCAAAGGGCUACAACCACAGUGACCUCUACGGUCCCGGCGGCCACGAGCUCCCCUCUUUCGCAAUCACCCCCGCAGCAGCCGACUCCCUCCCGUCCACCCUCCCGCCCUUCGACUCCAACAGAUUCGACGUCUCCGUCGGCGACCACGAAAUCAUCCGCUCGUUCGUCCGCCGCAUGCUCAACUUCACCUUCGUCAACCAGGACCAACUCACGGUCGCAUCGGCCUUUGCCUACGGCGUCGAUGUCGCCGCGCUGAUGGGCAACAUGACGGACAGCCUGACCAACCUGAUCCGCACCGGCCCGAACGCCACGGUCGUCGAAGGCGUGGUGUUGCGGCCCGAGACGUUCAUAUCGGUGCAGUGGGCCUGGCUGGCGCUGCCGAUUGCGCUGGUCCUGCUUAGCGCGGCGUUUCUGGUGGCGACGCUGCUCGUUAGCAGACGUCAUUCCGUGCCGCUGUGGAAAUCUGGGUUGUUGCCGUAUAUUUUCCACAAUGAGUUAGCUGGGGAGUGGAAGGAGGAGGAGCGGCGUGCGAUUUACGAGGGGAGGGUUAACAAGAGGCCGGAGAUGGAAAGGAGGGCAAGGGGGAUAGGGGCGAAGUUGACGUGGAGUGAAGAGGGAGAGACGAGGCUUGUUAGAAUAUAA